AGAGUGAGAGAGAGAGGAGGAUGAGUGUGUACACUCUGAACCUGCGGGUGUUCUGGCCUCUGUUGACCUGUGUGUUGACAGGUCUGGUUUUCCACCACCACAUAACCCACUGGCUAAGCCCAGAAUCAGGCCCCGAUCCUGGGUACGAGGCUGGGACAGAGCCCUGCUCUGACCAGGGCCCUCCUGUCUUUUUCUCACUCAUCAAACUACUGCUGGCCUGUGUCCUCUGCUACCUCUUCAUAAGGUACUGCUCCACCCACCCAGGGGGGCCCCAGAGGGUGCCUCUCGAGGCCGCUGACGGGGCUCUGAAAUCGGGUUGGUCUCGUCGAGAGGUCCUGGAGGACUACUACGAGCGCUGGGUGCGUCUGUCUCCUCACGUCCUGGGGCACAGCAAGGCCCACGUGGCCAAACUGGUCGGGGAGCUGGUCAGAGCCGGACGUGCCACUGGAGGUAUCCCAGAGUCCUCUCUGGCGUUCCGGGGAGACUUCCUGCAGGUGGGCAGUUCAUACGAGGAGCACAAGGUGGGCGCUCCAGACUACUAUGACAUCCUGGUACCUCUGAAGAUACCCCGAGACCUGAGACUGGAGCCACGAGUAUACGACGACAGCAAGGUGGAGGAGCAGACAGUGGUCCAAGAAGAAGGGAAGGAAGUCUUGAAGGACGAGGUGAAGGAAGAGAUGAAAGGGGAAAGCUCAGAGGACGGUCAUCAGGGUCACGGCAGUGUCAGGAGGAGGGGAGGGGGCGGAGUCUAUCGCCUGACCCCGGACUCCGUCCUCCGUUGGUUCUACCCGGCGGUCCAGCGUUGCCUAGCAACCGUGCGCUACCCUUUCGAGCAACGCUGUACGCUGAGUCUGGCACUCGCCGACGACCGUGUGCAGCUCCGCCUCACACCGCGUUCCGACUACGUCUGCUGUCACAUCUCCAUGGCAAUCCGGCUCCUCCCUGCCAUCCCCCUCGGAGACGGGGUCUACCUGGUUCCCAUGGAAACGACGGCCUCAGCGGCGAUGUCAAAUACAGGUGUGAUCAGGGACCAGCACCAGAACCAGCUGAGCGAUGAGAGGGACCUGUGGACUUUGUUCUUCCCCCGCCAGGAGCAGCGUCUGCUGGGCUGGCUCCGUGGCCGCUCACCACAGCCCUCCUGCCACCUCAAGGUGCUCCAGCUGACCAAGGCCCUGCGUGACCUGGGUGGCCAGGCACUGGACAGCCACCGGGGGGCGCUCUGGAGGUCAGUCCUCUCCUCCUACACGCUGAAGACGGCCUGGCUGCGUCUGCUACUCAGCUCUCCUGCAGAGGCCUGGGAGGAUCGCCACCUGGUGGCCAGGAUGGAGGAGCUGGUCCGCAGCCUGAGGGAGAGCCUCCAGAACCGGGCUCUGGAUCACCUCUUCCUGGGGAGCGACAGCAGCUCCAUCUUACCUGACUCUGUGGCUCUACCUAAGUUGGUCAAGGAGGCGGUGGGAGCUCCAGUGGAGGGUUCAGGGGGAUGUUUGGGGGGUUCGACGGGGAACCUCUGGGCAGGUGUGGACCCAGCCUCGUUGGACCUAGUGUCUGGCCGGUUGGCGUAUGCCUGGAGCCAUCUCCACCGGCUGAUCAGGUUGGGCCGACCCCAGAGGAGUAGCUUGGGGCUGGGCAGGACAGGCAACAUAAACUGCCAGCAUCUGCAACCUGGAGAAUAACACACUUAACAUAAUAAUAAUAAUAAUAAUAUGCCAUUUAGCAGACGCUUUUAUCCAAAGCGACUUACAGUCAUGUGUGCAUACAUUCUACGUAUGGGUGGUCCCGGGAAUCGAACCCACUACCCUGGCGUUACAAGCGCCAUGCUCUACCAACUGAGCUACAGAAGGACCCAGGUUCACAGCUCGUAUCCUCCAACAACGAGUCAAACAGACAGAUACAUAGACAGACGGGAUGGAUGAUACAUCAGGCUACUUGACAGACGGGAUGGAUGAUACACCAGGCUACUAGACAGACGGGAUGGAUGAUACAUCAGGCUACUUGACAGACGGGAUGGAUGAUACAUCAGGCUACUUGACAGACGGGAUGGAUGAUACAUCAGGCUACUUGACAGACGGGAUGGAUGAUGCAUCAGGCUACUAGACAGACGGGAUGGAUGAUACAUCAGGCUACUUGACAGACGGGAUGGAUGAUGCAUCAGGCUACUUGACAGACGGGAUGGAUGAUACAUCAGGCUACUAGACAGACGGGAUGGAUGAUACAUCAGGCUACUUGACAGACGGGAUGGAUGAUACAUCAGGCUACUUGACAGACGGGAUGGAUGAUGCAUCAGGCUACUAGACAGACGGGAUGGAUGAUACAUCAGGCUACUAGACAGACGGGAUGGAUGAUACAUCAGGCUACUUGACAGACGGGAUGGAUGAUACAUCAGGCUACUUGACAGACGGGAUGGAUGAUACAUCAGGCUACUUGACAGACGGGAUGGAUGAUACAUCAGGCUACUUGACAGACGGGAUGGAUGAUACAUCAGGCUACUUGACAGACGGGAUGGAUGAUACAUCAGGCUACUUGACAGACGGGAUGGAUGAUACAUCAGGCUACUUGACAGACGGGAUGGAUGAUACAUCAGGCUACUUGACAGACGGGAUGGAUGAUACAUCAGGCUACUUGACAGAUGGGAUGGAUGAUACAUCCAGGCUACUUGACAGACGGGAUGGAUGAUACAUCAGGCUACUUGACAGACGGGAUGGAUGAUACAUCAGGCUACUUGACAGACGGGAUGGAUGAUACAUCAGGCUACUUGACAGACGGGAUGGAUGAUACAUCAGGCUACUAGACAGACGGGAUGGAUGAUACAUCAGGCUACUUACACGUCCAAUGGUUGUUUACAGGAGCUACUGGUCUAGAAUAAAACGAAAGCCUAGAACAGUGAUGGGACGUUCUCUGAGUCAUCCCUCUUAACCAGUCACGAAUGGAAAUCAUAGGGAAUGUGUGAAUUUUAUAAUUUAUGAAUUUUGUAAUUUAUGAAUUUUGUAAUUUAUGAAUUUGUAAUGAAUACAUGUGUAAUUUUUCCCUGGUACCUAAUGAAUGAGGUUUCAUUCAAAACCAGAGUGAUUGUAUGUCUGUGUCCCUAUUGGCACCCUAUUCUGUAUUUAGUGCACUACUUUCCCAUAGGACUCUGGUCCAAAGUAGUGCACUAGGCAAUAGGGUGCCUUUUGGGAUGCCCUUCUGUGUUCUAUGCUGUAUGUAUUAUCAGACAGUAUAAUAGGCAGGGUACACUCCCAGUUCAGGGACAGACAGUGUAACAGCAGGGUACACUCCCAGUUCAGAGACAGACAGUGUAAUAGGCAGGGUACACUCCCAGUUCAGAGACAGACAGUGUAAUAGGCAGGGUACACUCCCAGUUCAGAGACAGACAGU